UGCUAUAAAAUAUACUGCACUAUACAUUGAAUGCCCGAAUGUUUUAGAAUACUUUCCAUGUAAACUAUGAGUAUUGUUUUAUUCAUCUAGCACAUAUAACUACUUUUGCAAUCGUCGAAAAAACCUUAAAAAAACGUAAAAUUUAGUUUAACUUUGCAAUUGUAGAUUGAUUAGUUAGGGUAUCAUAGGUGUUAGUGGACAUUCAUUGUUCUGAACAUUAUGCACUAAAUUGGAAUUCUAUGGUUAGAUUGUGUUACAUUGUUUGCUAGUUGAAAUAGGACUAUUAUUGCAACAGUACAACUGAAAGUUUCCAAUUUGAAAUUGAGAUUUUCAAGAUUCAGAAUAGUGACAGUCAUGUGAGAAAAACUAAAUGAUUACAGUGUUAUUCAUUGAAUGCAUUAUAAUUAUAAAUAUAUUCAGUAUAAGUAAUUUGAUAAUGUUAACAUCAAUGCUAACGAUGCCUUCCACAUCACUAAACACUUCUAGAAUACCAAGUCCUAUUAGCGAUACAAUUGAAGAUAAUCCUAGUAGAUUAACUACAUAUUUGCAUCAGCUUGCUGGAUGCUGUGAAACAGAAAUUAAUGUGCUUGCAAAAGAUCAUUGUUAUGCACGUCCAUGGAAUUGGAAACCAGAAAAUGUUUAUGUAAAGCCAAUAAAAAAAUUAUUUUUUUCAAAGAAAACUUUAUUAAUGGAAAAAGUUACUCAGGAUGAAGAAAUCAAUAUAGAAGAAGAUACUAAUGAACCAUUAAUACCACCAAUAGAUUUUACUAAAGUUCGACACCAAAUGGAUGAGUUACAAAGGUUAGCAAAUUUUGCUAGACCUGAUGAAAAUGAAGAUUGGGAAGAAAAGCUUGAUAAAAUUUUAUGGACACCAGUUCAGAAUCGAAUAUUUACUAAAGUUCUGAAAAUAUUAAAUUCAGAAAGACUUGCAAGAUUAGCUAAAGUAAAUAGUUCAAUAGAACCAAUUUACCGAAGGACAUCAGUUGAUACAGCUGCAAGGAGAUUUAGAGAAACAUUAGCAUCAGCUGGUUGGGAUUGGAGACUUGCACAAUGGUUGCACAAUUUAUUGUUUGACCAUCUUCCUCAAGAGUAUCUUGGAAUAUAUCUUGAUAUAUUACAAUGUUUAAGAUUAAAAAUUCCUCAACUUAUUGAUAAAAUGAUUGCUGUACAACCAAAUAUCAGUGGAAAAACAGGUUCUAUAACAUGGGAGACACUUGGAUCACUUCUUAAACGUACAUGGGAUCCAAUUGCUCCAAGUUUAAAUAAUAAUAGACUUAAAAAGUUACCAGGAAAUCCAAUUUUAAUAAUAGUUCCUUCUGGAGUGGGUUCUAGUAUGUCUACUCGGCAACAUAGAUGGAUCUCACAAUUAGGAGCUUUAGGAAUGGUUGUUACUGUUCAUACACACUUAGGUUUAGCAGCUAAUAGAAUGACUAUGAUGGUGUGCAUUGACCAGUUAGUUCAAGCCACUAGAACUAAAAUACAAGAUAUCAGAAGUGAUUGUCCUGGUAGGCCUAUCAUUCUUGUUGGAUUUAAUACUGGUGCUGCUCUUGCAUGUCAGGUAGCACAAAUGGAACAUGUAACUGCAGUUAUUUGUCUUGGUUUCCCAGUUUCUACAGUUGAAGGAAAAAGAGGUACACCUGAUGAUACAUUAAUGGAUAUUCGAUGUCCAGUUAUGUUUGUCAUAGGACAAAAUGCUACACUUGUAAGACCUGAUGAAUUAGAAGAUGCCAGAGAAAAAAUGAUGGUUGAAACAAGUUUGGUCAUGGUUGGAACUGCUGAUGAUCAUUUAAGAAUAUGUACUGCUAAAAAAAUAUCAGAGGGUAUUACACAAAAUAUGGUAGAUAGAUGUAUCUUAGAUGAAAUUGGAGAUUUUGUGGGAACUAUUCUGUUACAACCACAUCCACUACCUUUAAGAGCAACAUCAUUGUCAAGUUAUGAAAAUAAAAAUAACAGAAAAGAUACUCGAAAACGAAAAAAUUCAACAAGUAGUUCCGUUGAAAGUGAACCAAAUUCUCCUACUAUAAAAAAAUCUCGACCAAAUACACCAAUUUCUUCAGUAGUAUCUAUUGGACAAAAUACACAGUCAGCUGCGAUUUCUCGAGUAGGAACAUUCAAUACGCAACAAAAUAUAAUCGCAGUGAGUGGAAUACAUACCAAUCAUGUACAGACUGUGAAACGAAAACCUCGAGUUGUUAGUAAUCAGAAAUGCCAUUUUGUAGAACAUUUAAUAACUUCUAGACAAGUAACUUCUGGACAACCAAAUUCAACUUCAGAUAAUAGUGGUAUAACAUUAAAUAUUGGCUCAUUGGCAAGUUUAGCACCAAUUGGCCCAAUACGUUUAGCUCCAGCAUCAUCUAGUCAAGGUGUCUCUACAACAAUUAAAAAUAUUCCUAAAUCUUCAGUUGCGUCAACUAAAGUGCCUAAAAUUGUAUCAACGAGUGUACAGUUACAAAACGUGUCAAAAAUGAAAGCCAUUGUAUCAUCAAGUAAAAAUUUUUCUAAAGUAGUGUCAAACAACUAUAGGCAUCUUAAUAUUCCUGACAAAAAUGGAGAUACGAAACUCGUUAAUGUUUUAACAUCAUCAGGAAAUCAGAUUAGAGUGAAUACUUCAACUGCAACAGCGAUACCUACGAUUGGUACAUCAAAUGGAACUUUAUCAAAUAUUUUACAAAAUGGCAAAACAUCUCUUCCACUCACUACUAGCUCAUCAUCUGCGCGUGUAUCGGCAGCUUCCAGUAUUUUACUAACACCAAAUAAUUCUGUGGCAAACAUAGCAUCAACCACAUCGACUAUACCAAAAGUGAUGGACGACAUGGCAACAACCAAUAGUUCUUCACAUGUGAUGCUCAAUUCUACUCAUUCCCUGGAUACAUUCAAGAUGUCACAAAUACCUCGACAAGUAACAACUUGUAACAACGAUACCUCUCAUAAUACAGCAUGUGGGAAUAUAAUUAUGGUUGAAAGUUCCCUUAAUUCUAAACCUGUUUGUUCAUCAGUGAUAUUACCAUUAAGCAGUCAAAGUUCAGGCACUAUUUUACCAAUAUCUAAUAAACUGAAAAUUACUCAAAAGUCGACUAAAACAAUGCCAAAAAUAACAGUCAAUACAUCUAAUUUACAAAGAAUUCACAAACCUCAAACAGUACAGAAGAAUUCUGUUGUAAAUGAGAUUGAUGAUGAAUUGGGAAAUAUAUUAGAUAUACCAAUAAUCUUUGCAAAAGAUGAUGAUAAUUUAAACUCUAUUGAAAAAAAUUCAUCUUUAUCUCAGACAAUGCCUGUAGACAUUCAUGAAAAAAGUAUACAUAAGUUGAACAGUAAUACCAAAGUUGUUCUUAUAAGUAAUAAACAAGAUAAAAUUCAGCAAACUAACAAAUUUAUAACACCUUGUACCCAAGCUGUUAUAUGUCCCAAUGUACAAAAUUUAAAUCACGUUAUACUACAAACAAAGCCUCAAACUUCCACUUCGUCUAAAACUAAAACUACAAUUCCAAUACAAACUCGUUCCAAUCAACCUACUGUUAAAUAUACUAAGAUAAUUCUUGCGAGAAGAAAUUCUCAAUCAGUCCAUCAAAAUGAUAAAAAUGAACAAGUCAUUGUAACAAAGACAAUCGACAAAAUUAAUACAUCAAAAUUACCAAAUUUUGAUAAAAAUGAGCAUCGAUAUGUUCAAAUUGCUACAAAGCAAGCGACAAAGAAUGAAAAUAAUAUAAUAGAUGAGGUAUUAGAAAUAGAAGAUGCUAUAAAAAUGAAUAUUAUAGAACGUAAACAUAUACCUUCGCAAAAAGUUGAUCCAUCUUCACAGACAAGUGGCAAAGAAAGUUUGACUGAAGUAAAAUUAAAUGUAACAAAAGAAAACAAUUCAGAAUGUACUAAUAUCGAUGAUGUAAUAAAUUUACAAAUAUAAAAUGUUUUAUCUUAACUAAAGAUAUAUAAGAAGUGUAAGAAUAUGGUAAUAAAUUAUAA